AUGGCACAGCUCUCGGUGGCCGCGACCAAGAGCUCAUGCGCGACGCACAAUUGGCCUCGUCGUAGGGAGGGAUUGGCCGGCAGGAUAAUCCUUGUCUUCACCACUAGUGACUCCUGUGGCCGGCGCCUAGGUCGCAGUGUACCUUGUCUUCCUCCCGACUGGUGCGCGCUCGGCUCCGAGUUGGAUGUCGUAGUGUCAAGGAAGCAGGCGCUGUUGGUUGUGUUUCGAGGGAUGCAUGGCUCUCGACCUAUCGCCUCUCCCGAUCCGCCAGGAGCAGCAGGAUGUGGUAGUCUGAUCUCUAUGACUGGAACUAACAUCUCUCUCUCUCUCUCUCUCUCCUCAGCCAGGAGCAGCAGGAAGUGGUAUACCCCAGAUAAAGUGCUAUCUGAACGGAGUGAAGAUACCCCGGGUGGUAAGACUCAAGACCCUAGUGGUGAAGGUGUGUGGUGUGAUCUGCUCUGUCGCCGGAGGACUCGCUGUCGGGAAGGAAGGUCCCAUGAUCCACUCUGGUGCCUGGUGGGCAGCAGGAGUCUCCCAGGACGCAGUACCUCCCUGAAGAAAAACUUCAAGAUCUUUGAGUAUUUCCGUCGAGACACAGAGAAGAGGGACUUUGUAUCAGCUGGAGCGGCUGCAGGAGUGUCUGCUGCUUUUGGAGCACCAGUCGGUGGGGUUUUGUUCAGUUUGGAGGAGGGGGCUUCUUUCUGGAACCAGAUGCUCACAUGGAGGAUAUUCUUUGCGUCAUGAUCUCAACAUUCACUCUGAUUUCUUCCUGUCC